AUGGUCCGGACUGUCCUCCUGGGGCUGCUCCUGCUGGGGAGCACUCUAGCCCUGGACAGCAUCUACCUGCCCGGCAAUUAUGGGUCCACAGAAGCGGAGGCACAGCGAUUUGCCAGUGACUUCAACAGCACAGCCGAACAGAUCUUCUACAAGAGCGUGGAAGCCAGCUGGACCUACAACACCAACCUAACGGAGCACAACUCCCAGCUCCAGGUACAGGCCUCCCUAGAAGAGCAGGAAUUCAAUGAGAUAUGGGGGCAAAAAGCCAAGCAACUUUUCAAUGAGACACAUGCAAACUUCAGUGAUGGACUCAAGAAAAUCAUAGAUUCUAUCUGGACCUUGGGUGCUUCUAAUCUGAAUUCAUCAGAUCGUCUAGAGUACAACACUAUCCUCAGCGAUAUGGACCGAAUCUAUUCAACAUCCAAAGUGUGCCCUCCUAGCCAAACCACAGACUGCUGGUCACUUGAACCAGAACUUACUGAGAUCAUGGCAACUUCACGCAGCUACAAGAAACUACUGUAUGCCUGGGAAGGCUGGCAUAACUCUGCAGGAAUACCUCUACGAAGCAAAUAUGAACAGUUUGUACAGCUCAGUAACAAGGCUUACAGACUGGAUGGAUUCUCAGACACAGGAGAAUGGUGGCGUUCUUGGUACACCUCUAAGACUUUUGAGAAUGACCUGGAGACGCUUUAUCAGCAACUGGAGCCUCUGUACCUCAAUCUCCAUGCCUUUGUUCGCAGAAAACUCUAUGAGAGAUAUGGUGAAAAAUACGUAAACCUACAAGGCCCAAUUCCUGCACAUCUAUUAGGUAAUAUGUGGUCACAAACAUGGAAUAAUAUCUAUGACAUGAUGAUUCCCUUCCCUGGCAAGACCAAUGUGGAUGUAACCGACACUAUGAGGGAAAAGGGCUGGAAUGCCACCCACAUGUUUCGGGUCUCAGAAGAAUUCUUCACCUCUCUGGGUCUUUUGGAGAUGCCACCAGAAUUCUGGCAGAGGUCUAUGCUGGAAAAGCCCACAGAUGGUCGGGAAGUGGUGUGUCAUGCCUCUGCAUGGGACUUCUACAACAGGGAAGACUUCAGGAUCAAGCAGUGUACCACAGUUACCAUGGAGCAACUGUUCACUGUCCACCAUGAGAUGGGACAUGUGGAGUAUUAUCUGCAGUAUAAAGACCAGCCAGUCUCGUUCCGCCGAGGAGCUAAUCCAGGUUUCCAUGAGGCUAUAGGAGAUGUGUUGUCUCUCUCUGUAUCCACCCCAGGACAUCUGAAAACGAUCGGCUUGCUCACUGAGGUCACAGAAGAUCUAGAGAGUGAUAUUAAUUACCUCCUUAAGAUGGCUUUGGAGAAGAUUGCCUUCUUGCCCUUUGGCUACUUGAUUGACCAGUGGAGGUGGAAUGUUUUUAAUGGGCGAACUCCUCCUAGCCGAUACAACUACGACUGGUGGAAUCUCAGGACGAAGUAUCAAGGUAUCUGCUCUCCUGUGGCAAGAAACGAUGCUGAAUUUGACCCUGGUGCAAAAUACCACAUUCCAGGCAACACCCCAUACAUCAGAUAUUUUGUAAGCUUUGUACUGCAGUUCCAGUUUCACAAGGCACUAUGCGCAGCAGCCAAGCACACAGGACCCCUGCACAGAUGUGAUAUUUACAAAUCCAAAGAGGCAGGAACACUCCUUGGCAAUGCCCUUCGUGCAGGUUCUUCUAAAUUGUGGCAGGAUGUUCUAAAAGAAAUGACUGGAUCAGACAAAAUGGACGUUGGACCUCUGAUGGAAUACUUUGAGCCAGUCACAAACUGGCUGAAAGAGCAGAACGCUAAAAAUAAUGAAAGUCUUGGAUGGCCAAAUUUUGCUUGGAGACCACCCUUGCCUGAUGGAUAUCCUGGGGACAUUGAAAAAAAUGCUAAUGAAAAGCAGGCAGAUGAUUACUUAAGUGAGUACAACCGUACAGCAGAACAGGUGUGGAAUGAUUAUACAGAGGCAUCAUGGACCUAUAACACCAACAUCACAGAACACAACAACCAAGUCAUGCUGGAAAAGAACCUAGCGAUGUCCAGCCACACUCUUCAGUAUGGACGACAAGCCAGAAACUUUGACUACAGUGAUUUCCAGAAUUCAGAGACACAGCGACUAUUGAAGAAGCUCAGUGAUAUUGAUAAAGCCGCUUUGUCAGAGGAAGAGCAGAAAGAGAUUGUGACUGUUGUACAGACAUUAAAUUUUACAAUUAUUAAAUAUAAUGAAUUUUAUUUUAAAAUUAAUCUACCUUUUCUGUCCCAAGAUAUAACUGCACUCCUUGCUCAGUCACGUGAAUAUGACGAACUCUUAUGGGCAUGGAAAGGUUGGCGAGAUUCUUCUGGCAAAAAAAUGCGCAACCAUUACAAGAGAUACGUAGAGCUGGGUAACAAGGCAGCAACACUCAAUGGACAUGCAGACAACGGUGCAUACUGGAGGUCAUGGUAUGAAACACCAACAUUGGAAAGUGAUGUUGAGAGACUUUAUCAUGAGCUACAGCCUCUUUAUCUAAACCUGCAUGCUUAUGUACGACGAGCCCUCUACAAGAAAUAUGGAGACCAGAAAAUAAACCUUAAAGGACCCAUCCCUGCCCAUCUACUUGGUAACAUGUGGGCCCAGUCAUGGUCGAAUAUAUAUGAUCUUGUCGUUCCAUAUCCUAAUGCAGCACAAGUGGAUGCUACACCUGCAAUGGUGGCUCAGAAUUGGACCCCAAAAAGAAUGUUUGAAGAAUCGGACAACUUCUUUACCUCUCUAGGACUCCUUCCUAUGCCUCCAGAAUUCUGGGAAAAAUCCAUGAUUGAGAAACCUGUUGGCAGAGAUGUGGUUUGUCAUGCAUCCGCUUGGGAUUUCUACAACAGAAAAGAUUUCAGAAUCAAGCAAUGCACAGUAGUCACCAUGGAUGACCUUAUCACAGUCCAUCAUGAAAUGGGCCAUGUUCAGUACUUCUUGCAGUACAAAGAUCAACCAGUUUCAUUCAGAGAAGGAGCCAACCCUGGCUUUCAUGAGGCUAUUGGAGAUGUAUUGGCCCUGUCUGUAUCCACUCCUAAGCAUCUCAACAGUAUUGGGCUCUUGGACAAAGUUGAGGACAAUCCAGAAAGUGAAAUCAACUAUCUUUUGAGUAUUGCACUGGAUAAAAUAGCAUUCCUACCCUUUGGAUACUUGAUGGACCAGUGGCGCUGGAAAGUGUUUGAUGGAAGAAUUCCAGAUACUGAAUAUAACCAGCAGUGGUGGAAUCUCAGAUUGAAAUAUCAAGGACUGUGUUCUCCAGUCUUGAGGUCGGAAGAUGAUUUUGACCCUGGCGCUAAAUUCCACAUUCCGGCUAAUGUCCCAUACAUCAGGUAUUUUAUCAGCUUCGUCAUCCAGUUCCAGUUUCAUGAGGCUUUAUGUGCAGCAGCCAAACAGACUGGAUCCCUCCACAGCUGUGAUAUUUAUAGAUCCACAGAGGCUGGAAAAUUACUUGGAGAUGCCAUGAAGUUGGGUUACAGCAAGCCUUGGCCUGAUGUGAUGAAAGUUAUUACCGGACAGAGAAAUAUGUCUGCUCAUGCCCUCCUAAAAUACUUUGAGCCUUUGACCACCUGGCUAAUCGAGCAAAAUACCAAAAAUGGUGAAACCCUUGGCUGGCCAGAAUACGGCUGGAGCCCAGGUAGGUAUUAG